AUGUAUUCAUUGUCGGCAAUAAAUGCCAACCAGAAAUAUGAGUUGAGACUACUUCGUUAUUGCAAAAAUUUUAGUAAAAAGCCCAUUCAACAAAUUGAAGUUAUUCCAGAAGACAACCUGCUACUGUGUCUCACAGAUAAUCUCUUGUCAACAUAUGAUAUAAAUGGAGUAAAUUUCCCAUUUAUUAAAUCAUUUCCACAAACAAAGGGUGCAUCACUGUUUGCAUUAGUUAAUAAGUCUGCAACAUCAAUGACUGGAGAAUCAAAUUCAGUUGUACAUCUUUGUGUUGCAGUCAGAAGAAAACUUUUAGUUUACUAUGGUAAAAAUGGAGAAUUUAAACAGCAUAUAUUUGAUUAUACUGUAUCUGAUGUGCCUAAAGUAAUAGCAUGGGGUCAAGAGUACUUAUGUGUUGGUUUCAAAGCCGAGUACACUCUGUUUGAUUUAUCUUCUGGUAAACCUAAGGAGUUGUUCCCAACCAGUAGCUCCAGAUCUCUUGAGCCUACAAUAGCUAAAUAUUCAGAGACUUCCUUCCUGCUUGGGCGGGAUAAUACAUCUGUGAUUGUUGAGGAGGCCAAAGAUAUAGAGAUAAAGAAAACAAUCAAAUGGAAUGAAGCACCAGUAGCUGUAGUUUGGGAUGAGCCAUUCAUUCUAGGAUUGUUGUCUGACCAAGUGGUAGUACAGACUGUGGAACCACCAUUGUUCAUACAGACAUUGCCAGAGCUGAACAAAGCUAGGCUUAUGUAUCGAUGCAAGCGCGGUUUAAUAUUUGUAGCAUCAGUGGGCCAGGUGUGGUGCAUCAGCUCUGUUGAUGUUACUAAACAGAGGCAGCAGCUCCUGAAGGAUAAGCAGUUCCAAAUUGCAAUUGAUUUAACGCUUCUCUCAGACUCCAGUCCCGAGGAGAAGAGGCAAACGAUACACUCGAUUCAGAUGCUGUGCGCUCUGGACUUGUUCGACGAGAAGAAGUACGCGCAGUCGAUGAAAGUGUUCGUGCAGCUGAACACCGAUCCGGCGGACGUGAUCAAGCUGUUCCCGGAGCUGGACAACAGGCCGGGCGCUGACGACCAGAAGAAGCUGAAGGGCAAAGACCUGGAGGGAGCCCUGAACGCCCUGAUCGACUACCUGGUCCAGCUGAGGUCGAAGAUCGGGAAGAACGGCGCCGAAGCGGGCGGCGGCAAGGACGAGACCACCGGCCACAGGAACGUCACUCAGCAGCUGGAGUUGAUCGAUACGACGCUUCUGAAGUGUUAUUUACAGACAAACGACGCUUUCGUCGCCCCCCUGCUCCGCCUGAACAACUGUCGCCUCGAGGAGGCGGAGAAGACCCUGCUUCAGCACGGGAAGCACAGCGAACUAAUAAUAUUGUACCAAACGAAAGGGCAGCACACGAAAGCGCUGCAAUUGCUCAGGGAGCAAGCGAAGCAGCCGGAUUCAAGCCUUAAAGGCUAUCACAGGACGAAGAAUUAUCUGCAGCAUCUCGGAGCGGAACACAUAAAUUUGAUAUUCAAGUUUUCCGACUGGAUACUGGAGGAACACCCCGAGGAGGGGUUGAAGAUCUUCACCGAGGACAUAGUCGAGGUGGAGAACCUCCCUCGGCCGAGGGUCCUGGACUUCCUGCUGCGCGAGCACAAGCAGCUCGUCACCCCUUACCUGGAGCACGUCAUCCACACGUGGAACGAUCCCAACCCGAUCUUCCACGACGCCCUAGUCAGCAUGUACAGGGAGAAGAUAACGGAGAACUCGAACAAAACCGGCGCCCCUACCACGGACGAGGAGUUGCAGCACACGAAGUCGAAGCUGCUCGCGUUUCUCGAAAGGUCUACGCAUUACACACCCGAGAGGGUGAUCUUGCACUUCCCCGUCGACUCGCUGUUCGAGGAGCGGGCGGUGAUUUUGGGCAAGUUGGGAAGGCACGAGCAGGCGUUGGCGAUAUACGUGCAGAUUUUGGGCGACGUGGAGCGGGCGAUCCGGUACUGCGAGCAGGUGUGCGAGAGCAACGCCAGCGACAGGGCGCUGGACGUGUACGUGCUGCUGAUGAGGAUCCUCAUGAGUCCGGAGCACAGCGGCGCCCUGGUGGGCCCCCUGUCCAACGCCACGAAGCACCCCAACGCCUCGGUGCCCGAUCUGGAGACCGCCCUGACCAUACUCGAGAAGCACGCGGAUGAAAUUUCCCCGCUCAAGGCGCUGUCUGUGUUGCCAGAUUCGGUACCGUUGGGUCGCCUGAAACAUUUCUUGGAAAGUGCCCUGGAAAGGCAGCUAACCCGGAAGAGGAGAGUGCAAGUUCUCAAGGGGUUGUUGUAUGCGGAACAUUUACAGGUGAAAGAAGUGAAGCAAUAUCACGAGUCUAAAAGUAUAGUAAUCAACGAUUACAACGUGUGUCCCGUUUGCAAAAAGCGGUUCGGCAACCAGAGCGCGUUCGUGCGUUACCCAAACGGAGACAUCGUACAUUACUCGUGUAGCAUAGACAAACAG